GUAAAUUACUAUAGAAUACGUAAGAGACUAUGCAAACUCCAAAAAGAGCAAAGUAUGAAAAUGACAAUACAAAGAGCCUUUUUUCCUGGAGUCACGGUACGUACAACCUCCAAAAGCAAAAGUACAACAGUUGAAUCCUGAAAGAUCUUCACCUGUAAGAAAAUCAACAAAAUCACAUCAUCUGUUUGUAAAAUUCUGAACAUACCCUUUAAAAGAGAGCUCAAAAGGGUAUCUGAAAAUGGUAAGAGAGGAGCCAUUAAUGGAAGAAAAAUGCAAUCUUGAAAAUGAAGAAGAAGAGAUAAAAAAGAACAAAAAAAGCAAGAAUAUAAUAGAAGAAAUUGCAGAGAAAUUGAGGGGUGAAGUGGAAGAAAAGGAAAAGAUUGAGGCAGCUAAGGAAAUUAGGAAACUAGUGAGGAGGUCAUCGUCUUCCGGCAAGACUCGUUCCCGGUUUGCUGCCGCCGGCGUUAUUCCGCCGUUGGUUGAUAUGCUUCAGCUUUCUUCUUCUUCUCUUCUAGCUCGUGAAGCUGCUUUAUUAGCCCUCCUCAAUCUUGCCUCCCGUAAUGAACGAAACAAAAUACGGAUAGUUACAUGUGGUGCCAUCCCGCCUCUUGUGGAGCUCCUCAAGUUCCAAAAUGGCAAUUUGAAAGAGCUAGCAACUGCUGCUAUUUUGACACUAUCAGCUGCUGCAACCAACAAACCGACAAUAGCUGCAUCUGGAGUUGGACCUCUUCUUGUGCAGAUCCUGAGUUCAGGAACUGUUCAAGGAAGAGUUGACGCCGUAACAGCCCUCCACAAUCUCUCCACAACCAAAGAAGAUCCCAAGUUGGUUCUUGAUGCUAGAGCAGUUUUUCCGCUAAUGAAUCUCCUCAAAGACUGCAAGAAGUAUUCCAAGUUUGCCGAGAAAACCACAGCCCUAUUGGAAAUCCUCUCUAAUUCUGAGGAAGGAAGAGAUGCAAUCACAAAUGCACAUAAUGGAAUACUGACUCUAGUUGAGACUGUUGAAGAUGGGUCACUCGUCAGCACAGAACAUGCAGUUGGGGCUUUGCUGUCAUUAUGUCAAAGCAGCCGAGACAAAUACAGGGAGCUGAUCCUCAAAGAAGGCGCUAUUCCAGGCCUUUUACGGCUAACUGCAGAGGGCACACCUCAAGCUCAGGAAAGAGCGAGAACACUUUUGGACUUGCUUCGGGACUCUCCUCCUGAAAACAAGUUCUCGUCCUCCAUGUUGGAGAGAAUCGUAUACGACUUUGCAGCACAAGUUAAUGGAAAUGAUAAAGCCGCUGAAACAGCCAAGAGAUUGUUACAAGACAUGGUUCAUAGAAGUAUGGAGCUGAGCAUGAGUCGUUUACAGUUAAGAGCUUCAUCUUGUACCCCUUCAAAGGUGCAGUCUGUAUGACGACGACGACAACAACAACAAAAAAUCCAGUGUAAUCCCACAGGUGGGGUCUGGAGAAGGUAGUGUGUACGCAGACGUUAUCCCUACCUUGUGAAGGUAGAGAGGUGGUUUCUGAUAGACCCUCAAAGAUGCCGUCUGUAUGAAUACUUAGAUUGUUUCAAGCUUACCAUAAACCUGUAUAGAGAUUAGGAAAAGCAGUUAUGUAAAUGGACUAUAUUUAGCUAUUCUUCCUCUGCCUGUUUUUAUGUGCAAAGAUGUGGAGUUGCAUAGACCAUAUAGCUAGCUAGUAGAUAGUACAUGCUGUUGGUAACACUCAUUUUAUUAACCUUAAUGAGCAUUGUACAUCUCUUAACUUAA